CGUCACUGGAGGACAGGGAAACAACACAGACACGUGGCUGCGAUUCACACAAAGUGGGCGAGUUGACAUCCACGUGACCAGGUUAAUAUUGUUACUGAAGUAACCAUGACUAUUGUACUCGGGUUCGAAGGAAGUGCCAACAAGAUUGGGGUGGGUAUCAUCCAGGAUGGAAAAGUUUUGAGCAACCCAAGACGGACCUAUAUUACACCUCCUGGACAGGGAUUCAUGCCAAGUGACACUGCUCGUCACCAUCGCUCCUGUAUCUUAGAUGUCCUGCAAGAGGCUCUUGAAGAGGCACAGAUAAAACCACAAGAUGUUAAUUGUGUGGCAUAUACUAAAGGGCCAGGAAUGGGGGCCCCUUUGCUUUCAGUAGCGAUUGUAGCCCGUACGGUAUCUCAGCUAUGGAAGAAGCCACUUUUGGGAGUUAAUCACUGCAUAGGACACAUUGAGAUGGGGCGGUUGAUCACAGGUGCCGAAAAUCCCACUGUGCUGUAUGUGAGUGGAGGCAACACACAGGUAAUUUCUUAUUCAGAGCAUCGAUAUCGGAUAUUUGGUGAAACCAUAGACAUAGCAGUUGGAAAUUGUCUGGAUCGCUUUGCCAGAGUAUUGAAGAUCUCAAAUGACCCAAGCCCAGGUUACAACAUUGAGCAAAUGGCUAAGAAAGGGAAGAAAUUUGUGGAAUUGCCAUACACAGUCAAAGGGAUGGACGUGUCUUUUUCUGGCAUUUUGUCUUACAUUGAGGAAAUGGAACAUAAGAUGCUCUCGUCAGGAGACUAUACACCUGAAGAUCUCUGCUUCUCUUUGCAGGAAACCCUCUUCUCAAUGCUGGUGGAGAUAACAGAACGAGCAAUGGCCCAUUGUGGUUCUCAGGAAGUUUUAAUAGUUGGAGGAGUGGGAUGCAAUGUGCGUUUACAGGAAAUGAUGGCAGUAAUGUGCAAGGAACGAGGGGCCAAACUGUUUGCAACUGAUGAACGAUUCUGUAUCGACAAUGGUGCAAUGAUUGCUCAGGCAGGUUGGGAGAUGUUUCGUUCUGGCCAAGUUACCCAACUAGAGGACUCCUGGAUAACUCAACGGUACAGAACAGAUGAAGUGGAGGUGACGUGGAGGGACUGACUAACAGUGGAGAAUUGAUGACCAUUUAUGAGCCCGUGGAAAACUGUCCCAUCAUGGGAACUUUACAAACAAAACGGCAACUACUUGCGAUUCACAAUUUCACAACUAAAUUACCAAGACAGGUCUACAUACUUUUUAAUGAUACAUUUGGAUACUCUUCUCAAUGGAUUUUUAUACAAGGGGUGUCCAAACCUAUAUUUUAUAAUCUUUCUAACUGAAAAGCUAAAUUGCAUGUAUAUCUGCACAAAGAAAGACACAUUGUAGUUUGCAAUGAUGCUGAUUUAUUUACAACAUACGAUUGCAAACAAAGUCAGCGACCGAACAAGAAGGGCUUGGUCAUUUAAGGGGGCAGAUAGUCAUAUGUCACAUUGAACAGAGCAUUUUGAAGCAGCUAACUAUUCUCAGUCUUGCUGCUGCAACAGCGAAAUGCAGCUCACAUCCCAGGUACGGGUUCGAAUAAAAUCAGAGCCAACAUCUUCUGGCCAUUGUGUAACAUGCAACAGAGCAUUGCUCCCUUUUAACAUUUUAUUUAAGAAUACAGUUCUCCAUGUGUUAAGCCUUCACAUGACAAAGGGUUACCGGCAUUAAAGAUAAUGCAGAUAAGGGGGCUAAGAAAAGUUUAGACUUUUUUUUUUUUUUUUUUUUUU